UUCCCGCCCGGUCCCCCCUCAAAGCCUGUCAUUGGGAACAUCCUCGAUGUUUCUCCGAAGGCUGGCUGGAUCAAAUUUACGAAAUAUAAAGACAUUUAUGGCGAGUUCAAAGGACUGCUUUGGUUGAGUGUUGCUGACCAUCUAGCAGGUGAUCUCGUCUUCUUCCAUGGCCUGGGCAAUAAUCUACUCGUUCUCAACUCUAUGAAGGCGGUCCAGGAUCUGCUUGAGAAAAGAGCGGACAUCUAUUCUGAUCGCCCU